CCCCACGCCGCCGCGUUUGCGCCAGCUCUAUCCGUCUCCGCCCACCUACCCAGUUCUCUCAUAGCGCGCCCGGAUCCUGGCAGCAUCAUGGCCCACUACAACAGGAAGCCCGACACUCCAUUCUCCAACUUGGGUGCUGACAGCGAUUCCACACGCGGUUUGACGGGAAGAAAGAGCCCCGGUGUUUUGCGCAUCGAGGCUCUGUCCAGACACAUUUCGUCCUUGGACCGCGUCUUCAUCUUCAUUGGUGUUUUCCUCAUCGCCUAUGCCUAUGGCCUCGACGGCACCCUGCGCUUCACCUACCAGCCCAAUGCCACCGACAAGUUCAAGAACCACUCGUUGCUUUCUACCGUCAAUGUCGUACGGGCAGUGAUUGCGGCUGCAACUCAGCCGACCACCGCCAAGAUUGCCGAUGUCUUUGGUCGUGUCGAGAUGAUGGUAGUCUCCAUCCUUUUCUAUGUUGCCGGAACCAUUGUGGAAGCAACUUCCGACAACGUCGAGGCCUUUGCUGCCGGAGCUUUUCUUUAUCAGGUAGGCUAUACCUCCAUCGUUCUCCUUCUCGAGAUCGUGGUUGCCGACACCACUUCUCUCCGCUCCCGCCUUUUCUUCUCUUACGUCCCUGCCACCCCCUUCAUUAUCAACGCUUGGGUCUCGGGAGAUGUUGGUAAGGCAGUCCUUGCCCACAGCAACUGGCGCUGGGGGAUAGGCAUGUGGUGCAUCAUCUACCCAGUCUGCGCUUUGCCUCUGCUCAUGUCUCUUACCUGGGUUACAUGGAAAGCAUACAAGAGCGGUGACUUGGCUCGGCACAAGACUCCACUUCAACUCUGGGGAUGGAGACGACUGGCUGUGGGCCUCUUUUGGCAGAUCGAUGCCAUUGGCCUUCUGUUGCUCAUUGCGGCUACUGGCCUCAUUCUCACCCCCUUGACUCUCGCUGGCGGUCAGCAGGCAGUAGACGUCGGUUUAGCAGCCUCCUGGUCUACAGGCCGGAUUCUUGCGCCUCUUAUCGCUGGCGUCUUGUGUGUACCUGCUUUUAUUCUGUGGGAGCAGCAUGCUCCUCAUCCUCUGUUGCCGUUCCAUCUGGUCAAAGAUCGUGCUGUCUGGGGCGCAUUGGGCAUUGGGUGUAUCCUCAACUUUGCCUACACAUGCCAGUCGGACUACCUCUUUACCGUCUUGAGAGUUGGCUUCAACGAAUCCGAUAAAUCAGCCACCCGCAUCAGCUCUCUAUACAGUUUCGCCUCCGUCAUCACUGGUGUACUCCUCGGUCUUGUCGUCUACCGCGUACGGCGCCUUAAACCUUUCAUCCUGGUCGGGACCUGCCUCUACAUGGCCGCCUUCGGUCUGCUUAUCCAUUUCCGGGGGGGAGCGGAUCAGACUGAUCACAAAGGAAUCGUCGGUGCACAAGUUAUGUUGGGCACUGCCGGCGGUCUGUUCCCCUAUCCAGCUCAGGCGAGCAUCCAAGCAGCCACCAAGCAUGAGCACGUCGCCAUCGUCACUGGCCUCUACCUGGCUUCCUACAAUAUUGGAUCUGCAUUAGGUAACACUGUCUCGGGAGCCAUAUGGACUCAGGUUUUACCCCGAGAAUUCAAGCAACGCAUCGCGAAUUCUACAGAGGCUCACGCGUGGUACGCGCAACCCCUCGCCUAUAUUGCGAAGUAUCCGCCUGGAACGCCCAACCGCGACACAGUCAUCGAGGUGUACAAAGAUGUGCAGCGUUUGAUGUGCAUUGUCGGUAUCUGCCUCUGCGUCCUACUCAUUCUCUUUGCUUGUGUGCUCCGCAAUCCGUUCUUGACGGACGACCAGAGUUUCCCUGGUGCCGAAGAGCACAUCGAGGAAUAUGAGCUCCAAGAGACCGAGAACAACGCUUCGAGGUUCGCAAAGAACUAG